AUGAGUGAUUCCCGCGGUUCACUUCAAAAUGCGUAUGUAAUUGCUGCCUAUGGAAAUGGCUCAUGUCUAGUCGAUCUUCUCCAUAUUUGCGAGCCUCUUUGUACAUUCCUUCCUGAGGUGAAAACUCCUGAGAAGAAGGUUCCCUUCCGUGAGCGCUGUCUGUGGACUGUGGUUGCUUUGUUCGUUUACCUUGUGUGCUGCCAGAUUCCUCUGUAUGGCAUUGCCAACGCUGCCUCCUCGGACCCCCUGUACUGGCUGCGUGCGAUCUCUGCCUCGAACCGCGGCACUCUGAUGGAGCUGGGAAUCACUCCCAUCGUGACGUCCAGCAUGAUCAUGCAGCUUUUGACGGGUCUGAAGUUGGUGGUGUACGAUCAGAGCGUGAAGGAGGAGCGCGACCUCUUCGAGAGCGUGCAGAAGCUUUUUGGCCUGCUGCUGACCUUCAUCACCUCGUUCGUGUACGUGGUGUCUGGCAUGUACGGUCCCACGAGCGAGCUGGGCUGGAUGACGUGCGGUCUUCUGAUCUUCCAGCUGUCGCUCUCGGGCGUGAUCGUUCUUCUGCUGGACGAGAUGCUGCAGAAGGGAUACGGUCUCGGUUCUGGCAUCUCUCUGUUCAUCGCGACGAACAUCUGCGAGUCUGUGAUGUGGCGCGCGUUCUCUCCGAUGACGAUGGACACGGGCCGCGGCAAGGAGUUCGAGGGCGCGGUGAUCUCGCUGUUCCACCUGCUGAUCACGCGGAAGGACAAGAUCCGCGCGCUGCGGUACGCGUUCUACCGCUCGGCGCUGCCGAACCUGUUCAACCUGCUGGCGACGGUGGCGGUGUUCCUGGUGGUGGUGUACUUCCAGGGCUUCCGCGUGGAGCUGGCGGUGAAGAACCCGAAGUACCGCGGCCAGCAGGGCGUGUACCCGAUCCGUCUGUUCUACACGAGCAACACGCCGAUCAUCAUCAUCUCCUCGCUCACCUCCAACCUGCUCAUCCUCUCCCAGAUGCUCUCGCGCCGCUGGGAGGGCAGCUUCCUGGUCUCGCUGCUGGGCCGCUGGUCGCACGACGAGCAGCAGAGCCGCCCCAUCGGCGGACUCAUCUACUAUCUGAUGGCGCCCGCCUCGCUCUCCGCCGCCCUCGCCGACCCCAUCCAGCUCCUCGUCUACCUCGUGUUCAUGCUGGGCGGAUGCGCGGCGGUCUCCAGACUCUGGAUCGAGUUCUCCGGAACCUCCUCGCGCGACGUGGCGCGCCAGCUCCGCGAUGAGGGCAUGACCAUGAAGGGCUACCGAGACAGCGCCCUCAUCGACGUCCUCGACCGCUACAUCCCCACGGCGGCCCUGCUGGGAGGACUGUGCAUCGGAGCGCUGACCGUGUUCGCGGACUUCAUCGGGGCCAUCGGCUCGGGAACGGGAAUCCUGCUGGCGGUGACGACGAUCUUCCAGUACUUUGAGAUUUUCAAGAGAGAGAGAGAGGAGCUCGGAUUCCUGGGGUUCUAA